CUUUUAGGUUGCUAGCUAGGAAGCCCGUUCACAAGAUAGGACGUCCUGUACAACAUGCACAUGGUUUUUCACAAACCUAGAAUUAAAUCUGUAUAUUGAUUUAAAUACUUAAUUAUUGAAAAGCUUUGUUGGACUGAUCCCUGAGCUGGCUUAGUAGGAUUUGCUUGGUUUGUCUCUAAGAAACAAUCAAAAUUUAUAAAAUUGACAUAUUGCUGCAGAGGUUUUGUUUUUGUUUUUGUUUUUUUUAAUAUUGUUUUGAAACUAAUAUUGUCCCCACGACAUUGGACAUGACAGCCAGUUGAUAAAUAUAUUAUACAUGGGCAAUGAUGUAGAGCAGGGGUUCACAAUUCAAGUUCAAUUUUAAAACUUGUUCAAUUAUUAUCAAGCUCCCCCUUCAAACAGUAGAGUUUCUGAGGCAAAACCAUCUAAACCGGUAUUUACUUGGUUGACCAAACCACCUCCUUUUCAAUUCCUCUCCUAUAUAAUGUAUCCAGCACACUAGCUAGGCCAACUCACCCAUCAUUCGAAACUUGAAGCACCUCUGCUUCUCCUUCAAAGCUAUAGCAAAAGAUUGGAAAUAUCAGAGGGAAUAAAAUGGCUUCCUGGUCUGCUGAGAAUGCCACAAAAGCUUAUCUCACAACUUUGAAAAUGGGGCAAAAGGCUAAGGAACCAGACGUAGCUGAGUUUAUUUCAGCACUAGCAGCAGGCAACAACGCACAGCUGAUGGUUGUGGCCUGUGCUGGUGCUGCGGACUCCACCACGCUAGCCUUGGUGGCCGCUGCUCACCAAACUGGUGGCCGUGUAGUUUGCAUCCUUCGUGGGCUUCAAGAGCUGCAUCUGUCUCAGGAAGUCCUAGGCCUUGAUGCAUGUCAUGUUGAAUUCGUUAUAGGGGAAGCUCAAAAGCAAGUCUUAACCCAAUAUAGGGAUGCAGAUUUUGUGCUCCUUGACUGCAAUCUUGAGAAUCAUGGAGGAAUUCUCAAGGCAUUGCAAGUGGUAAGGAAGCAAAGGGAUGUGGUGGUUGUGGGAUAUAAUGCAUUCUGCAAGGAGUCUUGGUGGUCUGGGGGAUCAAGAACUCAGUUGUUGCCCAUUGGAGAAGGGUUGCUGCUGACCAGAAUUGCUGCAAAUGCCAAAAGUGCUGUCAGUGGCUGUGGAAUUGGGAAGAGUCACUGGGUUGUUAAGGUUGAUAAAUUCACAGGUGAAGAGCACGUUUUCAGAGUUAGAUUUCCACAAGGAAAAGUGAUUGAAGCUUAAAGCUUCUGUUUCUUUGCUCCCUUGAUUUGGUUGGCAUAGGAGAAGACUCAUUGCCUCCAUUUUCUUCCCACCAGAACUAAUGGAGCAUAAAUUUGUUGUAUUACAGUGCAUUAGGAGCCUGUUCUUAAAAAGCUCUGAAAUCCCCAAUGUAAAUAUCAAAUUAUAUAAAUGUAAUACUCUUCUGAACUCUUGGUAUCCUUUCCUCUUUCAAGUGGUCACCGCAAACACUUGAU